AUGUGGAAUUGCUCUCAGGCGACCGGGCCCCUGGGUGCCCAGCAGCUGAACGCAGCAUGGGACGGUCCAGCAAGUCAAACCCACGCUCUUCGGAGGCCAGCUUUUUUUUCUCAGUGGCCUGAGAACACAGUUUGUCCUUCAGCACGGCCUUGGCCCCAGAUGGUCCGACCUGGAGGCCUGGGCGGGGGACACAGCCGUGUGCCGGCUCUGCGGAAGCGAGGGGUCAGGCCGGGGCUGCCCCACUGCCACGGCACACCCUGCUGGCCAACGGCCACCACGCCUAGCAGUCCCAGCCCUGUUGGCAGUCCCCUGUGGCCCUCCCCUGCUGGCUGCCCCGUGGGCCCGUCUCCCUGCGGGGCCAAGGGCGCUUGCUCUCGAGGCCGCCUCGUCUGGCAGAAGCAACCACCGCUCCCUCUGGCCUGGGACUCUCUGUUCAAGCAGCUGUGCGUUGAACUGCCACUAUCCGUGUGUCUGUCCCCCAGGCUCUGUCCGUCCAGGAUGAAGACUUACUAUCCUGUUGGUGCCAGAGCAGGGCACGGUGGGUCCACAGAUGGAAACGACGGUCUCCCAGCCGAGUUCCAGGAGCCCAGCAUUCCAGCGUCUUCUGGAAACCCGGGACUGCUCCCCAGCCCCCUCUCUGCAGGGCCCCAGUGGGCCUCCGUCCCAGCGGCCCUGAUGAGAGUGACCAGUUCUGAGCAGCUGCCCUGUGACAGGUUCAGAGGAGAGUCCUGCGUUCCCCCUUCACUGUGCCCUGGGGGAUGCACUCGCCUCUGCGUUUUCAUUUCAGAAGACUGA